AAUUUAUUGACAAGUUGAAAAUCCUUUUCUUGUGGUUCCUUUCUGCCUUCUCACAUGAAAUGAAACUGAAUGUAGCUAGCUAAGGACUGACUGUGGUUGCCGGUCUGCAGAAAUGAAUACCAGAAAAAGCUCAUGGUUCUUUAUUUUUGCUGUGUUAAUCUUAUUUUUAUCAAAAACUCAUCCUGUUAUUGCUGUUGAUACAAUCUCUGUAGGUCAAUCCAUUACUGCAAAACAAACAAUCAUAUCCAAAGGCGGCGUCUUUGAAUUCGGUUUUUUCUCACCGGGUAAGUCUCAGAAUUAUUACAUAGGUAUCUGGUACAAAAAACCCACAGUUGAAAAAAGUGCAGUAGUUUGGGUGGCAAAUAGAGAUAAACCCAUCCUUGAUCCAGCUGUUGCAGAGUUCAAAUUAAUAGAGAAUGCUAAUUUAGUACUUUUUAGUGAAUCCAAAAUCCAAAUUUGGUCUACAAACACAACCUCAAACAACUCGAAAUCCUAUGAAGCUGUUCUUGGGGAUGAUGGAGAUCUCGUGUUAAGAGACAGCUCGAAUUCAGCUGUGGCGAUCUGGCGGAGUUUCGACAAUCCAACCAAUGUAUGGUUACCCGGGGGAAAACUUGGAUUAAAAAAACGUAUCAACAGAACACAGACGCUUACUUCGUGGAAAAACUUAGAGGAUCCAGCUCCCGGGAUCUUCACACUAGAACUAGACCCAAGUGGGAUCAGCCAGUAUGUGAUAAAGUGGAAUCGCACCAAAACAUACUGGAGUAGUGGGACAUGGAAUGGGGAGUACUUCAGCUUAGUUCCUGAAAUGCGAGUAAAAAGUAAUUUCUUUACCUUCGACUACAUCGAUAAUGAUGAUGAGAGCUAUUUCACUUAUGAUGUUGUUAACAAAGCAUUAAAUUUUCGAUUCGAGAUGGGUAUGUCUGGGCAACUCAAGCAGUAUCUUUGGUCUGAAGAUACCCAGGAGUGGAAUUUGUUCUGGGCUCGACCUUCUCGACAAUGUGGGGUUUAUGGUAUCUGUGGCGCUUUUGGGAUCUGCAACCAGAAUUCCACACGACUUUGUACUUGUAUGCAAGGGUUUAAAGAACGUUUUCCAGAAGAUCGGAAUCUCAAUGAUUCAACUGGCGGGUGCAAGAGGAAAACAAGUUUAAAGUGUGGGGACCAAGCUUUUUAUUCACUGAUGCGCAACAUGGAAUUACCUGCAAAUGUCCAGUCUUUGGAAGUCGAGAACUUCGAAGAAUGCAAAUCAGCUUGCUCGAGUACAUGUUUUUGCAAGGCUUAUGCAUAUGCGAGUGACGGGUGCUCAUUGUGGGACGGUGACUUAUUAAAUGUUCAACAACUCUCACCUGGUGAAACUGGUGGACGAGAUUUUUAUCUCAGACUUGAUCCAUCUGAUAUCCUCUCCACUUCUGAAGGACCAGCCAAUGGCACCAGCAAGAAGAAUAAAGGGGCAGAGCUGAUGACAAUCAUUAUCUCAGUUUGUACGGCUAUGCUUGUCCUUGGUCUCAUCAUCUACUUUGCCAUUUGGAGGAGGAAGACCAAAAAAGAAGGUAAGAAUGAGGAAAUCCAUACACAAGAAGACCUUGAACUGCCUUUAAUAGACCUGACUACCAUUGAAACUGCUACAAACUACUUUUCUCAGCAAAAUAAAAUUGGAGAAGGUGGUUUUGGUCCUGUAUACAAGGGUUGUCUAGCAGAAGGACAACAAAUAGCUGUGAAAAGACUUUGUAAGGAAUCUGGUCAAGGACUGAAUGAGUUCAAGAAUGAGAUCAUUUUGAUUGCUAAACUUCAGCAUCGAAACCUUGUUAAGCUCUUAGGGUGCUGUAUUCAUGGAGAUGAAAGAUUGUUGGUCUAUGAGUACAUGCCGAAUGGAAGCCUGGACUAUUUCAUAUUUGAUGAAAAGCGAAGCACAUUACUCGACUGGAACAAACGAAUGAACAUUAUUAUGGGAAUUGCAAGAGGACUUCUUUAUCUUCACCAAGAUUCUCGAUUGAGAAUUAUUCACAGGGAUCUCAAAACCAGCAAUAUUCUACUAGACAUUGACAUGAACCCAAAAAUUUCAGACUUUGGGAUGGCCAGGCUUUUUGGAGGAGAUCAAACUGAAGGAAUGACUAGGAGAGUAGUUGGAACAUAUGGUUAUAUGUCUCCAGAAUAUGCGAUAGACGGGCACUUCUCUGUGAAAUCCGAUGUCUUCAGCUAUGGAGUCUUAGUCUUAGAGAUGAUUAGUGGAAAGAAGAACAGAGGGUUUUCCAAUGACAGCCACCAACUUAACCUUCUUGGACACGCAUGGAUGUUAUGGAAUGAAGGCAAAGCUUUAGAGAUAAUAGACCCAUGUUUGGGGGAUGCACUCUCCGUAUCUGCUGAAGCACUAAGAUGUAUUCAGGUGGGUCUGUUAUGCGUUCAACAGCUACCAGAUGAUAGGCCGACUAUGUCAGCUGUUGUUUUUAUGUUGGGGAGUGAAAAUGUUGUAUUACCGGAACCUAAAGAACCAGGUUUUUUCAUAGGAAGAAACCCCACUGAUACAAGUAGUAGUAGAGAAAGAAAUAGUGAAAAUCAAGUAACAAUUUCAUUAGUAGAACCUAGGUAGAUAGAAUGGAUUGUAACUGUUUCUGUUGGUAUAAUGGAAAAACAGAACAAGCUUGCCAUCUUCUUUACCUUC